AAGAUCCCGGCGUUGGCGCUUGGGUAGCUGGGGUGGGCUCGGACCCCGGUGUGGGUGGUGGCGAGCACAACUUCGGGACCAUCUUGUCCGCGGCGGACGUGACGGCCUUGCUGGCUGACCGCUAUGAGGCCCCCAGGCCCCAGCCCCGGCGUUACCUGCGAGGCGGUCCUGCAGCAGGCGCUGUGGGAUGCGAGUGAUCAGUACGCGGUGUGCUGUCGUGGCUAUGGGCGCGCUCUGACCCUGAUGAGGUCCCUCUGCGGUGACGUCUGCGCCUCGGAGCGGGACUGGGUGGCGGACGGUAGGCGGCCCUCCCGUGUGCCCACGGGGCCUGGUGCUGCAGCUGCUAGAGGUCACGGCAUGCACGGACGCUGAGUUGUUACAUUACGGGCGGCCUGGGAGCGGCCCUUCUAGUGUGCUGACCCACUUUUGCGGCGUGUUGGUGCGUGCCUGCGUUUGAUUGGCCGUGCGCCAGCGGUGUGGCCGCCGGUCUGCUUUGUUGCUGAGUUAGUGCGUGGGGCCACUUGGAUCGGCAGGCGUGAGUAGCGGUCGGGUAGCAGCUGCGUGUGUUCCCUGGCCCGCAUGGGGCCCGGGGCGCAGUUUGCAGCGUGUUGGUGCGGGUGUGUUGCGUGCGUGUGCACCUGUGUCUUCUGUUUCUUGCUCUGUUUUGUGAGUUCGGUGGUUCCUUCGCCUGUUCUGUAGGCCCGCCUUGUUUCUGCCGGUCUGCCGUUGCUUUGCCCCGGAGGGUUGCCCUUGGUGCAGACGGCUCACAAGUUCACAUGUUCUCACACAGAACCUGGACAAGUGUUCCCCGGUCACGACAGACAUGACAGACACAGAACCUGGAGAAGGAACAGAACGGCGGCGCGAGCCACGAAUAGUGGUCCCUCUCUCUUUCCCGGUACUUCUCAGUGCCACACAUGCUUGUUCGGAUUAUGUUGCGGAGGCAUCCUAAGAGGGAGCAUGGAAUGCAUGAAAACGUCAUAUAUGGCUACGGUUGCUCUUGGAGGGAUUGCCGUAAUGAUGUAUACAAAUAACAUACACAUGCUCGCAAGGUGCCUACAACCUACCAUGAGUCCUGCGUUUGUUUGCACAGAGUAAGAAAGGCAUGAGUGACACGGCGGGUGAAGAUUGUCAAAGUAUCGAUUGUAAACCCCGGGGAGC